CAUCUCCGCGGGUCUGCUCGGCGUUUGGUGUCGCACGGAGCGCAGUCAGUACCGGUCCAGCGACCGAUUUGGAGGGCACAUUUGAACGACCGGAGAAAGGACAACACUCUGUGAAAAGAGACGAUACGGCGAAGGUGAAUAAGCUCCAGAGAUCGCAAUGGGGACGAAACUGAAGCUCCUUCUGUUUGCGUUGCUGAUGGUGUCCCUUAUGGUGGACGUUUCGGCGCACCAGCGACGAAGAAAACAUCGUCGUCACACAACGACGACGGAAGCGAGCGCUCAAGAUGAGGUCAUGAACAUGCUUGAGGCUGACGAAAUAGCCGAAGAGGCGGCGGAGAACGCUGAGGUCACCGUCGAAGAUGGCAGAAACGAGGUUGGAUCGAAGAGUCAGAGUUUGCUCCGUAUGGAUCCGUGCAUGAGCAAACACUGUGGCGCAGGACGAGUUUGCAAGGCUAUCGACGAAGAAACCGCCGAGUGUGUCUGCGUGGAGAUAUGCGACCAGGAGGACGACCCCAGACGAAAAGUCUGCACCAACUACAACGAAACGUUCCACAGUGACUGCGAGGUUUACCAGCAGCGUUGCUUCUGCGACUCCAACGACGAGAGGUGCAGGGGACCCGAUUAUCAGCACGUUCACAUAGAAUACUAUGGCGAAUGUCGUCAGAUGCCGAUGUGCAAAGAAGAAGAGAUGGCAGAUUUCCCGAGACGUAUGCGUGACUGGCUGUUCAACAUCAUGAGGGACCUUGCCGAUCGUCAAGAAUUGCCAUCCCAUUAUCUGAAGAUGCAACGAGAAGCGGAGACUAAUCAUACGUUACGUUGGUCGAACGCGGCAAUUUGGAAAUGGUGCGACUUGGAUGGUCACCCCCAUGACAGGGCUGUUUCUAGACACGAACUUUUCCCCAUCAGAGCUCCUUUAAUGGCUCUGGAACAUUGCAUUGGACCAUUCCUCGACUCCUGCGAUAUUAACGACGAUCAUAAAAUUACCCUUAUCGAAUGGGGAAAAUGUUUGCAACUUGAGGAGGACGACCUAGAUGAGAAAUGCGACCAGCUGGUUGAGGCACAAAACUCUGACCAGUAGUACCUAAAAUGGAAUACCAACAGCAGUAUAGGUGGAAAGAAAGAGUGGGAAAAAAUGGCGGGAAAAGUUGCAAUUGCUAAGCUUUUGAUUGCGCAUGUCUGCGCAGAGACUCGUCGAUAUUGCAACCCAACCGUGAUGGUCAUGCCAACUACAGUUUUAGACAGUGCUCUUUAGUAAUACAGAAAGUUAUGGUUGCGUACAACUUAAGCUUCUUUUCGUUCAAAGGACCAAGUAUCCCAUCAUCCACUUUGUCCAUAUCUUUUACAUGAAACAACAGCAGAUUCUAGGUUAAGCUCUUGAGUUUUUUCAAAAUGGUGGAAGAAUUCUCCCUUUAAACCUACCUUUAACUAAGAGGAGCUUAUGUUGUACGUUAAAAACUACUCCCUAGAUUUUUAUAUUUUCUCUUAUUAGUUAAAAACCGUCUACCACCUCCUGCCCCUUUAAUGCAUAGUAUAAUCUUAACAUUCUCGUAGCAACGUAGGUAUAUACAUAUAUAUAAAUAUAAUUCACACACACAGAGGCGCACGCGCGCACAUACGAACAUAUAUAUACAUCUUUUGUAUAAAUUUAUUAUAUGACUGCCUUUCUAUCAAUAAAGAGCGAUACAGUUUCUUUCA